CCAGGGGCAGAGGCUGGGCAGGGGCGGCGCGGCGCUGCUGUCCGCAGCAUCUCUGCGUGGCUACAGUAGUCGCUGCCGCCCCACCUUUCCGUCCCCUCCCUUGUCCCGCCCUCACCUCCACGCGGGGCUCCUCGGUCACCCAGCCCUGCGCACUUUGCCCCUUGUUGGCCGCGGAUGAGAGGGGUCUGAGGAAAUCCGGGACGUGGGUAUCAACUGCCAGCUCUUAGCCUUUAAAUCCCCAGCCCCGAGGAGAUCGCUGCACAGCUGGUUCGGACGCGGACCCGAUCGCACGACCCGGCUGCGGGAAAGCCUUCCGACCCAUCGCAGCGCCAAGAUCGCCGCGCUCCAGCGGGCUCCGGAUCCCACGCCUACCUUCUGUUCCCCCCGUUCCCUAACUCCACUGCUCACUCAGCCUCGCGACAGGGAUCAGCAACCGGGAGGCAAGAUGCCGGCCCAUUUGCUGCAGGAGGUCUCUGGCUCCUACACCCCCACCACCACCGUCACCGCACCCCACUCCAGGCUCCUGCAGAGUGGAGAGGGCAAGUUGGAGAAGACACUCCUACCGGCGGAAGAAGACAUCCGCCCUGAAAUGAAAGAUGACAUCUACGACCCCAGCUACCAGGACGAGGAGGGCCCCAGGCCCAAGCUGGAGUUCGUCUGGAGGAACAUCAUCCUCAUGGCUCUGCUGCACGUGGGAGCCCUGUACGGGAUCACCCUGGUUCCCACCUGCAAGUUCCGCACCUGGCUCUGGGGGAUAUUCUAUUAUUUCGUCAGCGCCCUGGGCAUCACAGCAGGAGCGCAUCGCCUGUGGAGCCACCGGUCUUACAAAGCUCGGCUGCCCCUGCGCUUCUUCCUCAUCAUUGCCAACACCAUGGCCUUCCAGAACGAUGUGUUUGAAUGGGCCCGAGACCACCGUGCCCACCACAAGUUCUCAGAAACCGACGCGGAUCCUCACAAUUCCCGCCGUGGCUUUUUCUUCUCGCACGUGGGCUGGCUGCUUGUGCGCAAACACCCUGCGGUCAAGCAGAAGGGCGCUCUGCUGGACUUGUCAGACCUCAAAGCCGAGAAACUGGUGAUGUUCCAGAGGCGGUACUACAAACCCGCCGUCCUGCUGAUGUGCUUCAUCCUGCCCACACUCGUGCCCUGGUAUUUCUGGGGUGAAACUUUUCGACACAGCUUGUACGUGGCCACUCUUCUGCGUUAUGCCAUAGUGCUCAAUGCCACCUGGCUGGUGAACAGCGCUGCCCACAUGUUUGGAUAUCGCCCAUAUGACAAGAACAUUCAAUCCCGAGAGAAUAUCCUGGUUUCUCUGGGAGCUGUGGGUGAGGGCUUCCACAACUACCACCACUCCUUUCCCUACGACUACUCCACCAGUGAGUAUCGCUGGCACAUGAACUUCACCACAUUCUUCAUCGACUGCAUGGCUGUCCUGGGCCUGGCUUAUGACCGGAAGAAAGUAUCCAAGGCUGCCAUCUUGGCCAGGAUUAAAAGGACUGGAGACGGAAGCUACAAGAGUGGCUGAGUUCUGAGUUCCUCAACUUCUUUGCCAAAAGCUAGCCAGGCAGAGGUUCACUGUUCUGUUUAUUAACUACUGAAUAAUGCUCCCAGGACGCUAAAGAUAUUGACCUUAACCCAUUCCAGCAUAGUAUUCUUUAAAAAAAUGCAAAAAUUUUUGAUAACUUGUUUAGGUAAUCCAUAUGUUAAUUAGCCAGGUUAUAAUCAUUCAUAUAUAUGUAUAUACAUAUAUAUACUUCAAAAUAUCAUGUUGUACAUGAGAAAUACAUAAAAUUUUAUCUGUCAAUUUUUUAAUCAUGAGAAUAAAUUUGAGCAUUCUUUAAAAAAUUAUUGGAAACCAACAACUAUACCUUUAUGAUGCUAAGCUGAUACGUAUUUCUUGUCUGACUUCCUCUCUUUUCUAUUCCCAUUCUCUUCUUUGCUUUGUUCCUAUCACCUUCCUUUCAACUCUAAUUGCUUCUUAAACAAGAAGCUGGUCAGUUCUUGGUUGGUGUCCACCUUCCAAAGCCUACACAGCCUUUUUAAGAUUUCAAAACAUAGGUAACUCUUUUUUCCUUGUGCUGUCAGAACUUUAAGGUAGGUUGCUUGAGCCAGAGGACAACACAGUCUUCUGGGAAAUCCCUUGUUAAUUAUUAUCAGCCAGGCUUUGCUAGAUAGAAUGGAAGAAUAACUUUACUAGGCACAAAGCUUGUAUAGUAGGUAAAUUGCAGGUAAACUGUCAGGGGAGAGGUUAGCUGCCGUGGCAUGACUGAUAAGUGAGGGUGGGGUCGAGGUGCGAGAUGAGCAGAGAGGAAGGUCUUGCUGUGAUGAGACACACAGCUGUCUACCUAGCCAGGACUUUGAGCCCCUCCUCACAUUUCUGUUUUCUGCUGACUAUGAGUAGGGUGUGGCCUGGAGCUUGGCACUGGUAGAACACACAAGCAAAUCUCAGUGCCCCUGCAGGCUUUCGGCAAAGAAGAAGCAUUUAGUGUGUAGUAAAAGUGUUCAUGGCUGGGGAAGGAGCUCUUUAAUAAGGAGAUUUUUUAUUUCAUGGAAUAAGAAGUUUUGAGGUUUGGUGUUGGUAGGAAUGAUGACUAUGCAUUUCUAAAUAUCCAAAAAUGGAAGAAUUUCAAGAAGUAGAGUUUGGUCAAACAAAAAUACAUAGAGAUAUAUAUGUCCUUUGCAUAGAACAUCAAAAUAUUUCCCCUGGAAUAUUUUUCUUUGAAAGAGGGAUGUUUAUGAAACCUCAAGGAUAGGAGGAAUUAGCUGAUUUGUCUGAUCCUCCCACCUGUGACCACCACCCUCUAUGGCUGGCAGAGAAUGGAGAAGCUGACAACAGGGUUUGUAGGCAGCUUGUAAGUGAUAACUACCCACACUGCCAUGGGUUCAGAAGAGAGUAGGUCAUUGGGUGUCCUAACGAAACAAGUUCAAUGUCACGUUCAUUCAUUAGUUCCAGCUUCUCCUGGGAAUGAGUAACAUUGUGCAGUUGUCUGUCAACAAUAUGAGCCUCUUCAUUCACUCUUUGCUCUUUUAAGUUCUAGCCUAGAGUAUAGGAAUGCCUGGGAAGCAAGGUAGUAAUCUAUUUGCCACAGUGAUUCUUGAUUUUUGGCCCUGCCCUAUCUUAUUCUUACUCUUCUCUGACAUCGUCUCUGACUCUGGUCAGGCAGCCUUGCAUGUGUUCAGAGGCAGUGACAACUGCUGCCCAGGCAACUCCUCCUGCAGACACAACACUCUGGGCCCCAGACCUCUGUUUCUCUUUAGCAAGGACAGCUGCUCCACUUUUCUGUGCCUCUAGAGGCCUUGUACCUCCUCUCUCUGCCACACUGAUGGCUCUGGACAAGGCUGGCAAAGCCUCCCAGAACUAUCCCUGGUUCCUAUCUCAUGAUACAUGGCCAAGCCAAAUGCUCAUGCUGUGCCAAUGAGGCUGCCAUGGAGCCAAGGAGGGUUUGUGUCUGGUCAGAGCAGAGAGCACGUUGAGUGCCCCCUGUUUGCUCAGUCAGGUGGCCCCACUGAGCAGGGCUCCCAGCUGACAGAGCAAUGCUUGUAGAAGGAGGAGGAUGCCUAGUCCUUGCUAGGAAGCACAAGCAGCAAGGCCCAGUUCCCAAGUGCCUCAUUUUCAAGGGAGACCCUGAUCCUGGAGCAGGCUGUGCUGCAGCUUUGGUUGAGAUGUGGUAACUGAGAAACCACACCUUGCUGAACAGACUCUCUGUUCUGACUAACCAGCCUUCCCUACCACACAGCCAAAGGCAGACAACAGUAUAGAAGAAUCUAGGAAACAGAACCUCAGUGUUUUAGAUCCUUGGACUCCUGUCCCAGUCCCUCAGCCAUUAGUGCAGAAGCCUGGCUUCGCUCUAUCACCACUGGAAGUGCGCAGUGUCACACACUGUCCACUGCUGAGCCCUAUGGUGGGAGGGAGAAGGGCCCUUCCUGUGUUAAUUGAAUAGAGGCCACAGGGAUCAAAGAGGAUAAAAGGCAUCUUUGUCUUUUGAGCUGUUCAACUCAACAGAAAGGAAUCUGAUGGCAGAUCACUGUUUACAUCUGCUGAGCUCUGCCUGUCGUCUGGAAGUAUUUGUAGGGCAGUUCCUUUGUACAGGUCAUCAGAAGCCUGCUUUACAAUACAUGAACAAUGUGAUCAACUUUCUCUUCUAUUCCUGUCCCAUGGAUUUGAUUUAUGGCAUGAAUCUACACAGGGCUGAAUGGAGACCUCAGCCUGAGGGCCUCUGGGCGUGGAAGCCUGGGUGUGUCUGCUGAGUUAGGAACAAUAUUUUCAAGUUUUUAAAGUUAUACAUUAAUGAGUAACUCAGAUGUAAUCAACAGGAGAAUUUCUAAUAGUCCUGCGUUGUAGACGUGCUGACAACUUAUUCUAGUGCCUUACAUCUUUUCUAAUCUGUGCUGCACACGAGUCAGCCCUCACUCCCACAGCGGAAUCUCUUUGCACCUGUGAGCCCACAGAAGUGGCAGGUAGACAAGGGAACCUGACUGGAGAAUGUCUGGUCUAACAAUUUUCAGGAGUCCCUUGGCUUCAUUUGGGAAAUUUUCCUGAGGGCUGCUUCAGCUAAGUGCCCACAUUUGAUGAACUGUGGAAGUAAUCUGAAUGUAUUCAAUUCACAAUUUGUCUUUAGAUUUAAGGAUGCCUGUAACAUUUAAAAAGGAAAAUUUCUAUUUGGUUUGCUAGGAUGCUCAUAUAUUCUCUGUAAGUGUACCUCAAAAGGGUCAGUGUGAAAGGUAGGAAAGUAAGGUGGCCAGAUUACGCUGGUGGCUAAGGUCAGGCCUGCUACUGUGCCACUGACUUACUCUGUUACCCUAUUUAGGUCAUUUUAUUAGAAUGUGCCUCAAUUGUCCUUCUGUAAAAAUGGGUAUCGUAAUGCUGACUCACACCAAAAGGGCAGUUUGAUGCAGGACUAAUAACUUUUUAUAAAGCAUUUUGGGAUCCUUCGUAGAAGAAUUCUCCAAGUCCUGAGUAUCUCCACGGUAGCAGUGUCCACCGUGAACUUGUAUGCUCUUGUGUCCCAGAUGCUCACUUUAGUGUACAAUGUUCUCUCCUGAGACUGAAUUAAUCUAUUAGAUGGGUAAGGGCACUCAACUGCUGAGAGAUGUGAGAACCAUCCGCAGUGCCAUGAGAGCAAGUGCAGGACCCUUCUCCCUUGCUUGGGUGGAUUUUCCCUUUUUAUGUGGAACAGGAGUUAUCUGUGACCUAAGAAUAAUUUUGCAAUAAUUCUAUUCAUGUCAACUCUGAAGCUAGUUGUACUGAUCGGACACUGUGUUGGUUCACAAUAAAAGGGAAAUGAAUCUGA